GCGCAUGGGAGGGGAGCGCGCUUGUCUUUCAUCGGCCUCGUUCAGUCCCCGCCGGCCCCUUCGGGCCUUCCUUUAGAAGGGAGGCGACCAUGGCCGGAGGGAUUGCGAGGUGAUGAGGUAGAUGCGGGACCGAGGGGGACGGCAAAUGGCGCGACUCCUUAACCUCCCUGGGAGGGUCGAGUUUCAAUGUGUGUUGGGAGGGAGUCGGUCAUCUGAGGUACUGUCAGCAGGGGAAGGGUCUGUCUCCCCUUUUUUCUUUUGCUGACAAACUGAACUCAUAUAGAACAUUCAGCCGGCACUGAAAAUCGCCUGUCCCGAGACUCUUCGCAUGCAUGGCAGGGAAACUUGCUACAUUGUCACACCUUCAUGCAGGGCGAAGUCCCCAUGUUGACUUUCAGACUGUUGUGCAACUGUUCAAAGCAGUUGGGGGGAGCAAGUGACAGCUGCCUUUGCCUGUCAGCGCGCCAAGAUGAGAUGACUGGUUCAACAUAAAAAGUGACGGCCUUUAUUUGUCACGGAGACACGGAGAACAUGAUUGGAAAAAUAGCGACCUUUUUGGCAUCUACUGAUUAAUGUGUUGAGAAAAGAAGGAAGAACCUACAUUUUCACUUCCUCCAUUUGCUAGCUUAUAAAAAAUAUUACUGCCAAGUUGCUGAAUGUAUUCAAAAUAGGUUUAUGCUUUCCAAGUGGGCUUCUAUACUUUCUGUUUCCUCAUUCAAGCCGGCAUUGCAACACAGCCCAAAAAUGAAACUGAAUCCAGUUGAGCUGCACAAUAGAGUGAAAAGCAUGUUCCUGACUGCAGGAAUAAAAAAAGCACAUUCUAAAAGAACCAUUUGUUCUCAAGAGGCGAAACGAGGAGGAAGAGAAGAGAUACUACAUUAACUUAAUUUGUAUUCAUUCCUCACAGCAUUCGGGUUUGACAUGUGGUGGUUUCAGCAAGGGCUGAGUAUCUUGCCUUCAGCCCUUGUUAUUUGGUCCUCUGCUUCAUUUAUAUUUUCAUAUGUUACUGCAGUCGUCCUUCAUCAUGUUGACCCUUUGGUGCCUUAUAUCAGUGACACAGGAACAGUACCUCCUGAACGAUGUUUGUUUGGGAUAAUGUUAAACAUUUCUGCUCUUUUAGGCAUUGCUACCAUCUAUGUCCAAUACAAGCAGGUCUUCUAUUUGAACCCUGAAGAACCUACAAUGCUCAAGUUAAAUAAGGCUGGCUUUGUGUUUGGAAUAGUCAGUUGCUUUGGGCUUUGUAUCAUUGCAAACUUCCAGAAAAGCACUCUGACUGCCAUGCAUGUUAUUGGAGCUUGCCUCACAUUUGGAGUAGGAACCUUUUACAUUCUGAUUCAAACCAUCCUUUCCUAUAAGAUGCGACCCAGAAACAAGAGUGUUUUUUGGAUCAGAUUGAUUGUUCUGUUGUGGUGUGCAGCAAGCAUAGUGAGCAUGUUUAUUUCCUCGGUCAUUUUAUACAGCGGCCGGUGUGGAGUGGAUUUAAUACAGAAGCUGCACUGGAACCCUGAUGAGAAAGGAUACAGUAUUCACAUCAUGAGCACAGUCUCUGAAUGGUCUUUGGCUUUCUCUGUCCUCAGCUUUUUCCUUACUUAUAUCCGUGACUUCCAGAAAAUCACACUGUAUGUGGUAGUGCAGCUCGAUGGACACAGCCUUAAUUAUACAAACCCGCAGCUUCUAGCAGAUGAACCACAACUGCCGAUCUCAGGAAGUUUAUGAGAAAUUAAUAACAGGAUAUAUUAUCACUCCCAAUAACUCAGGAAUUUUGACAUGUGUCCUAACAGGUGACUAACAAGUCCUAAUGAGUUGCCUGAAAGUGCCCUUUUUCACUUGCUUGGUGACUAUAAAGGUUUUUAGCAUUGGGGCUUUCAGUGCAAACAGUAAAAAUGGGACAUUUUCUAUAUUUGUAUGUUUUAUAUGAGCAUACUCCGAUUAAUGAAGGGAUAUGACUGAAAAUUAUCAAUCAUCUAUGUGAAACAAGCUUGUAAUUAACUCACAAAGCAAUGCAAUUCUCGACAUGAACGUUUCAGCAGCUAGCUGAAACACAUUUUAGACUUUUAUAAUAUGAAUAAUAAAUGUACUGAUUACGGUUUA